CAGGUUGACCUAAAAGGCAAAGGUAACAUUGGUGCUGUACAAGCAGCUAAUUUUCUUAAAAAAUCUGAACUUAAAGAAUCAAUAUUAUCAGAUAUAUGGGACUUGGCAGAUCCCCAGGGGAGGGGGUUCUUGGACAAACAAGGAUUUUAUGUGGCUCUUAAGUUGAUAGCUGUGGUGCAGAGUGGCAGAGAGGUUGAUGCCAAGUAUCUUACACUUGAUCUGCCCCCACCUAGUUUUCCAAAUACUACAAAGCCAACAAUUUCAAAUGUGAUUACAAAUAAUACUUCAAAGAUCACAAGUUUGACGGAGCGGUUGAAGUAUGACCAAAUAUUUGAUACAUUGAACCCAGUUGAAGGGUUGAUUCCUGGCAACAAAGUCAAACCAAUACUGUUGAACUCAAAACUGCCAGUAGAUGUGCUGGGUCAGGUGUGGGAUUUGAGUGAUAUUGACGGAGAUGGCUCACUCGACAGGGAAGAAUUUUCUGUGGCAAUGAACUUGGUAUAUAAAGCCUUACAAAAAAUUCCUGUUCCAUCUGCAUUGCCUCCAGAAAUGGUUCCCCCGAAUAAACGAAAGCAAAAAAUUGUUCCUUCAUCCAAUCCCACAACAGUAACAACAAAGAUAUUAUCACUUCCUCCUGAUAAGGCAGAUAAGAAUGCUGUCCAACCAUCAACGUCUUGCUUGUCAUCAUCUGGAAAUUCUCAACCUCCUCACACAGUAGGUUGGGUGGUGACUCCUCAAGCUAAGGCCCAGUGUGAUGAAUUGUUCGUGAAGGCUGAUACAGAUAAGGAUGGAUAUGUUAGUGGAUCAGAGAUUAAAAGAAUAUUCAUCAAAUCUGGACUGCCUCAACCUGUAUUAGCUAAGAUAUGGAGUUUGUGUGACACAAAGAAUCAAGGCAAGUUGAACAAAGAUCAGUUUGCACUUGCCAUGCACCUGAUCCAGCAAAAAUUGAAGGGUGUUGAUGUGCCCAACAAACUGGCACAAAACAUGAUUCCACCAUCUGCGAGGAGAAACUCAUUGGGAGAUAACGUUCCACCGCCUGGAACAGUGUAUGACAUGAACACACCUGGCAUCAAGGAAAUUGAACUGUUGACUGCAGAUAUUGAAAAGAUUAAAAUAGCUAAACAGAAAUCAGACGCUGAAAAAUUGGCACUGAAUGAGACAAUAAAAUCAUUUGAGAGUGACUUCAUAUCACUUCAGCAAGAGAUUGAUGUCGUCGUUGAGGCAGUGAAGCAGUUGAACAACCAGAAGAAUGAGGCACAAAAGAGGCUCGACGAAUUGGACAAUAAGGUUUGUUUCUUUUUUGACAGCAGUUGGACAUUUUUUCCUUUACAGGUGUUAUAA